AUGGAAGGUAUGGAGCUGUCGCCAAAAAACACCACACUGGACACGAGUGUUUAUGUUAAAGAGUACAACGCAGAAUUCAACAAGAAAAUUCUGCCGGUGAGCAUAGUUUUCGGACUAACGGCCAGUGUGGGAUUGAUUGCCAAUGCCCUCGUGAUUUACAUCUACGGUUUCCGCUACAAGCGCUGCAACUUCAAGUAUUUCCUCUUCACGCUCGGACUGAUUGGCCUGCUGCAGUGCACCAUCAUGCUCCCGACGCAGAUAGGAGAGAUGCACUACUGGUUCAACUUUCCUACCUCGUGGCUUUGUCGCACCUCUGCCUACGUUUUCGGUUAUACAAUCAUUCACUGCUACUCCAUUCUGUUCCUAAUUGCUUUGGACCGAUUCCGCAAGGUGUGCCGGCCAUACGACUGGCAGAUCCAGGCCAACACGGCUAGGAAUUUAAGUAUUAUCACUUCGAUUGCAUCGUUAAUUCUAGCAACGACGCCUGGCGUGGUGAGUGGUCACCAUUCUUUCCAGACAUCGUACAAAGACGUGAAUAUUACUGUGACAGUUUGCGCAACGGAUGACAUGCAUAACAACAGAGAAUGGGCCGUGUAUUUCCUGCUUUUAUUGGGUGGACUACCAGUCUCUGUCAUCAUUCUUGUCACGUGUACCAUAUAUGCAUUGAUCUUAAUGCGGUUCUACCGUCAAGGCUCUCGAACAGCGCAGUCUAGCUUAAACAAUAGUUCACUCGCUCGUUCUUCAUCUGAUGAAUUGUCCAAAGUGAAGACGGACGAUCAAAAUAAUAUCACGGACACAGAUAACAAAGAGAUUGUAUCAGUUCAAAAUGGCGACAAUAAUUCGUCUAUGAAUUCCACGUUUAAAAAUAUUAUGUGUGUAGUGUUUCCGGUAAGCAGACAAAUUAAUAUUAAAGCCAAUCGCCCUGGCAAUCUUCGUAAAACUUCAUCAAAGCUUGCAGUUAGAGAAAAAUUAUUGCGAAAAACAUGUAUAGUUCUCAUCAUCACGAUAACGUGUAUCAUUGCGUUGAUAAUCACAUUUUGUCUACAUAUGGUCUCCGAGUCGAUCAACUACCACGCGCUUGAGGUUCACGGAGUGAUUUUGAACGCGUUUGUGAUAUUUCACCGAGGGAGCUUUUCCAUGAUAUGUGCCCUGUUUCCAAUUAUCUACGGCGUUCGUGAUAACAGUUUCCGGAACAUCGUCCGGGAAAUGCUCGUCAAGUACAAGGGGUCCAAUCAGAAGCAAGAGCUUGAAACGUGUGCAUGA